AUGGGUCGGGCUCGAGCUCCUUGCUGCGAGAAGGUUGGGUUAAAGAAGGGCUCUUGGUCUCCAGCAGAGGACGUGAGACUCAUCGCGCAUAUUCAGAAGCAUGGCCACGGCAAUUGGCGUACCCUCCCUCAACUAGCAGGUCUCUCUCUCUCUCUCUCUCUCUCUCUCUCUCUCUCUCUCUCUCUCUCUCUCUCGCCUAUGAAAUCGUAACAAUACCCUGAAUUCAAUAUAAAUUCUCCGGGCACAUACAUAAUUUUACAUAUUUAUGGAUGUCGGACUUACUAUAUUUUCUAUUCUUGUUUUCUUCUGUCUACUGCGUGACAGAGCUCUGAUGUCCGGCUUUUGCGGUCUUGCAAGUGCAGGUCUUCUGCGAUGCGGGAAGAGUUGCAGGCUGAGAUGGAUAAACUAUCUCCGGCCGGACAUCAAGAGAGGGAACUUUACCAAGGAAGAGGAAAACGUCAUAAUACACCUCCACCAGACGCUCGGAAACAAGUAAGAAACAAGGAGAUUAACGUGCCCUCACUUUUACCAAGAAGAGAGUUAAAAGUUAAAAAACGUUCAUCUUUCAUUCUCGCGUUCGAUCGAUCCUAUGACAGAAUCUGAUCCUAGAUUUAACUUUCGAUGAGUAGGGUUUAUCGAUUUUCAUUAAUCAAAUAAUCAAUGUUGGGCCUUGUAAUAACCUGCAAUUGUCACAAUGCAGGUGGUCAAAGAUCGCAUCCUGCCUCCCUGGCAGAACGGACAACGAGAUUAAGAACAUCUGGAACACACACUUGAAGAAGAGAGUAGCAUUAGCAGAGAAAACAAAAGAGCCACCAUGCUCACCGAUCUCCAAUUCGUCGGUAUCUUCUUGUUGUCAGUCCGGCAGUAGAGGCAGCGGGGUCCGUCCUGCUGAAGAGGAGACUUCCAGAGUUCACCCGGAGAGCUCGGCGGACGACUUUGUCGUGAUACCGGCUGAGGACAACAUGAUGGAGAUGUGGAACGCAAUUUCCUCGUCGAUGUCGGCUCAGUCUACGGCCAAUGGAAUUGAUCUCUCCAUGGUUCCCGAACCGUGUGAUCUCUUCGAGGACUCUCCUUUGUUCAGCACAGACAAAGAGGUUAACGACAACAGGUGGAUUGCCUAUUUGGAGAGGGAGCUCGACCUGCCCCAAACGUCGGCCGCUCUGGCCGCUGUGGAAGACUACAUCGGAGACCCAGAUGCAGAGAAGGGCGGCGCCAUGGCUGCGGAGAUAGACCCAACUUCCAGUUUCUUCUCCAAGCGGCCUCGAUCUCCCUCUCACUUCUCCCUCUCAUUCACGGAUAUCAGCAUGGCCAUGUAA